CUCUUUCCCAUUUUAAAUGCCUUAUUUCUUUGUAAAAAGAGAGUUAACGAUCAAACAUCGCAAGCUUAGAACAACAAGAUACAAAUGACAUUUUGGAUACAUAUUUAAUUUAGAGCCAUAAGAUUCAAAAGCCUCUUAUUUUUAAAACUCCGUGAGUUGAAGUGGGACGAAGGGAGUAGUAUCAAUAUCAAUUCAACCAUCGAAACAGAUAAGGUAACCUCAGUGUCACAGCUCCAUCACUUCCAUUGUAAUGGAAGCUCUCUACUCCACCAUUGACUACUAUCUCGUCAAUCAUCCAAUCAUCACCAAUUUCCAAUGGAACCAAAACUCCACAUUUGGUUCAUCACCACUUUUCCUAACUCUCACAGUCCUAACUUACCUCACUCUCACUUUCACUUUCCACAAUUACCCUCUCCUACCCACCCUCUCCCCCACACUCCUCCGCUUCAUCUCAGCCGUCCACAACCUCUUCCUCUUCCUUCUCUCCCUCAUCAUGGCCGUUGGUUGCUCCCUCUCAUCCUUCCACCAAAUGCCACGUCAUGAUUUCACUUGGAUCAUCUGCUUCCCAGCCAGUCACACUCCUCCACGCGGACCUGUCUUCUUCUGGGCUUACAUCUUCUAUUUUUCCAAGAUUCUUGAAUUUUUAGACACCCUUUUGAUUAUUCUAAGUGGGUCGAAAUCUAGACGGCUGUCAUUCCUCCACGUGUACCAUCAUGCAGUGGUGGUGGUUAUGUGUUAUUUGUGGCUUUCUUCCUCACAGACACUGUUUCCAGUGGCGCUUGUUACCAAUGCUUCUGUUCAUGUGCUAAUGUACGCUUAUUAUUUUUUGUGUACGUUGGGAUUUCGUCCAUGGUGGAAGAGAUUGGUUACCAACUGUCAGAUUAUACAGUUUGUGUUCAGUUUCUUGAUUUCGGGUUUGAUGUUGUACUAUCACUUUACCGGGUCGGGUUGCUCCGGGAUCCGUGGAUGGUGCUUCAAUGCAGUUUUUAAUGCUUCCCUUUUGGCACUCUUUCUUGAUUUUCAUUCCAAGAAUUAUGCAAAGAAGAGGAAAGAUGUUAACAAGAAUAAGCUGUCAUGAUUCAAUUUUGGAAAUAAUUUUUAUCUUAGCUUUGACC